GGAGCGAGAUUAUCUCCUGCUCAGAUUCUUUCAUCCUGCUGCCCUGUGUCGCUGCAGUCAAAUCUCAUGAUGGGCUCCCACCAAGUCACCGAACACGAUGUCACAAUCACCUCGUUCGAGAUCGUGGACCUGCGAUUUCCUACCAGUCUCGAUGGAGUCGGAUCUGAUGCCAUGCACAAAGGCACGAAUGGCUCGCAUCCGUACAUCCAGCUGAAGACGAAUCAAGACGGUUUGAUAGGUGACGGGAUUGCUUUCAGCAACGGACGAGGAAGCGAGCUGGUCUGCAUGGCACUCGACAUUUUCGCGCGGCGUGUUGUGGGUAAGACGAUGCACGAGCUCACCAGGAACAUGGGCAAGACCUGGCGAUACAUGGUUUCCGACUCCCAAUACCGAUGGGUCGGUCCCGAAAAGAGCAUCACACAUUUGGCGGUGGCCGGAGUUCUAAACGCCGUAUGGGACCUAUGGGGAAAGAUUUUGGACAAGCCCGUGUGGAAGAUCGUCUGCGACAUGAACCCCGAGGAGAUUGUCAGGUGCAUCGACUUCCGAUAUAUCACCGACGUGAUUACCCCGGAGGAGAGUAUCGAGAUGCUAGAGAAAACCCAAAAAGGCAAGGAAGACCGCAUGCGAGAGGCGUUUGAAAACAGAGCGGUCCCGGCAUACACCACAUCACCGGGAUGGUUGGCAUUCUCUGGAGAUCGCAUGCGAGAGGUCCUUGAAGAGACCAUUGCCGCGGGAUACACCGUUUUCAAGUUCAAGGUUGGAACCAGUGUCGAGGCUGAUCGAGAGAGGCUAUCGGCCGUCAGGCAAGUCCUGGGAUACGACAAGGGACACCAGAUUAUGAUUGAUGCCAACCAGGUUUGGAGCGUCCCGCAAGCGAUCGACUACAUGAAGCAGUUGGUUGAAUUCAAGCCGGUGUUUAUUGAGGAGCCCACGAAUCCUGAUGAUGUCCUUGGUCACGCUGCGAUCCGCAAGGCUCUGAAGCCAUACGGAGUCGGUGUCGCUACGGGCGAGGCUGCCCAAAACCGUGUGACAUUCAAGCAGCUCCUGCAAGCCGAGGCCACCGACGUCUGUCAAAUUGACGCUGUCCGACUCGGCAGUGUCAAUGAGUGUCUUGCGGUCAUGCUGAUGGCCCUGAAAUUCGAUGUUCCAUGUGUGCCUCAUAACGGUGCCAUGGGCUUGACCGAGUUGACAUCGCAUCUGAGCACGAUCGACUACAUUGCUAUCAGUGGACGCAAGUCGAUGCUAGAGAACGCGGACAGCCACCGGGAGAAUUUGCGCCAUCCCUCCAAGAUUGAAGACGCCCAUUACGUCACUCCUCUGGCACCUGGCUACUCGACCGGAUACACCGAAGACGCGUUGGAGAAAUACACAUACCCCAAUGGCAGCUUUUGGAGAAGCGACAUUGGUCUUGAAAUUAUCGCUCAGCCCACUGGAGGCGAGCUAUAACGAUCUGUGCAUGUACGGCGUUCUGGAUUGCCUGGUUUGGCUCUUUAGCCACUCACCACUUCAUCGUUUUGCAUGAAAUGAC